GUUAAAAUGGCUUGAGUCAGUAUUUGGCUGGCAGCCGCACAACUAUUUCCUUACAUACAUUUAACAGUUGAGAUAAAAAGUUUUUAGAAUAAAAUAAAUUAAUAAUAAUAAAGGUAUUAUUGUCAUGGGUUCUAUUGUAAGUUAUUUUGUACGUGACCGAGGUCAAACUGGUUUAGAGGGUGCUGUUGAUCAUAAAAAUACCGAGUUCAGUCAACGGCAAAAAAAAAUUAUGAGAAAAGCAUGGGAUCUUUAUAUUUCCUCAAAUCUUAUUAACAUCGGUGUCGAAGUCAUGUUGAGUUUGCUUAAUGACUAUGACGACAUAAAACAAAUGUUUCCGGACUUUAAAAGUAUUCCUAAUGAACAGCUGAGAAAUAAUAAAAAAUUUAACGCACACUGUCAAAUGAUAAUGAGUGUGAUAAAUAACGCCGUUAAUGCAUUUUUAAAUAACGAUAAUGAGUUGUUUGUCGCAAUACUUAAAGUUACUGGAGAACGUCAUGGCAAGCGAGCUGGAAAUCUCAUAAUUAUAAAACAUUUUCAGCGUUUGCAAGAUCCGUUGAUUCAAGUUCUCAAACGACAUAUCAAGUCACACUGGACUAAUGAAAUGUCUAAUUUGUGGACGUGCGCAGUCAAAAAAAUAUUACAAGUAAUAAUUCACGGAGUCCAAGAGUCACUCAGUUCAUAAAUAAAUAAUUUACUGUGACAGCGUUUUAAAUGUAUAUAUAAUUAUAAAAAAAUUUUGAAAGCUCGAUACAGCUAAUCAAUCAAUCAAUCAAUCAAUCAUAAGUUUUAUCGUCUUGUAAGUCUACGUCAGUCGGCUGGCCUUGACAAUUCAAUAAUCCAACUUGUUCCUCUUGACAAUAACACGCAUUUUUAUAAUAUACUUUUACUGGCAACCUUUUUUUUAUUUUUUUACUUUUCUUACUCUUAUUUUUUUUUAUUUUUUUUAUUUUUAAAUGAUCAAUAGCAUAAGCGAUUAUUAAUAACAGAACAGUAAUCGAUAAAGUACUCAAGACGCUUAUAAGUAUAACAUCAAUUAUUUUCCAUAUAUUUUCUUUGUGACUUUCAGA